CCUACGUAGCUUCCCUCCCGCGUCCCUGCAAGUCCCCUUUCCCCCCCCGUUCUUGGUCGCCGCCCUCAACUUGCCCCGCGAUUGGUCGGGCCCCACCGGCCUGAAGCCGUAAUUGGCUCUGCUCGGCGCACCGGCGGCAGUAAGCGAGCCGGGCUGGUGAUGGAGGGAGCGCUGCUGAAAUGGACCAACUAUCUUUCUGGUUGGCAGCCACGAUACUUCGUACUAGAGAAUGGCAUCCUCUCCUAUUAUGAUUCACAGGAUGACGUGGGAAAGGGCAGCAAAGGCAGCAUCAAGAUGGCUGUGUGUGAGAUCAAAGUGCACACUACUGACCCCACUCGCAUGGAGCUGGUCAUCCCUGGCGAGCAGUACUUCUACCUGAAGGCAGGAGGCGCCGCUGAGAGACAGAAAUGGCUCGUGGCUUUGGGCAGCUCCAAGGCCUGCCUCGGGGACAGCAGGAGCCAGAAAGAAAGAGAUCUGGACCUAAGCAACGAGUCCCUUGGGAGGAAACUGUCCGAACUGCGACUGUAUUGCGACGUGCUGACACAGCAGGUCCUCGCCGUACAGGAUGCAACACAUCCUCAAGACAAUGGCUCCCCUCUGGACCUCCAGAAGAUGAAUGAAGCGUCAUCCCUGUUGCGAGCAACCUGCAGCCAGUUCAUCUCCACGCUAGAAGAGUGCAUGAAAUUUGCAAACACCCGAUUGGCUCCUGAGCUGUACCAUCCUUUGACAGUCCCCCAGCCUUUCGACUUUGUGGGCACCAAACUCCCACAUUCUCACCGGGUAAGGCGUUCCAUGAGUCACACAGGCAUAGCCUCGUCAGAAAGAGCUCUGGAGCAGGCUCGGGUCUUGCCCGCCCCCGCCAAGGGCACCGUGACGGUCCUGCGCAACUUGGAGGAGAUGGUGAUGUUCCGCUCGCAGCAGUGGGGGCAGCCGGGUUCCCAGUCCGAAAGCGCCCCCGGCACCAUCGUUGAAGAAGCAGUUGAUGGCCUCUCGUCGGCCCAGGACUCUCCAGUGGACUCGGCUGGCGGGGACCAACGACUGUAAUCUGGAUAUUGGCAUUGCCGCAGCUCUUGUCGACACUUUGGAGCCCUCCUUGCUGCUAGCUAGCUAGCUAGCUAGCUAGAAGAACUGGCCCGAGGCUCCCUCCUCUAGUUGUGGAAUAGCCUUGGCCUGCAGGGUGCGAUGGUGUUAGCAUCCUUUGCUCCUAGGAAGGCGGUGUGCAUGAAGGGCAAGGAGUAGGUGGCCAGACUUGGUUCUGUGCUUCAGUCUUGUAGUUGCCAAGGUGUGUCUGAGAACGCUGCCCAGGUCCGCUGGCUUUUACAAAGCAGUCCUCCGUGAGAAGGGAUGGGGUCUGGGCAGCGAGAUAGUGAUUAGCUCUCCAUGCUGGAUUGGUUGUGAUGGAAGCGGCAGGCCUGACGAGAGCCUGGGAUGCUUGGAGGGGGCAGCUUCUGAUUGGACAGGUUUCCCCCAACGCUCUCCGGGGCCUGUCCCCAGUGGUCCUAUGCUCUUAUUGGGUUUGGUCACCGGUGUAGCUGGAGCCCGGGGACUCGCGGUCUAUGGCCGAUGUAGAGCACCUUCUUCCCUCUCACCGGCAUAAGAUCUGUAGCUCAGUCAAACCUUAGAGUUGCUUUGCUCCAGGAUGUCUUGGGAAGUGCCCUGCUGGUUUGACUCUCGGCCAGGAUCUUUUUUUUGCCUAGGAAGGACCUCCUUGCUGAGCGUUCUUCCUCCUUCCUCAGCAGAGGGCUCUUCCUGCAAGCCGCUCUUCCCCCAAAGAGACACUUACACACCACGACAUCGAACUUGCAGGACAGGUUGUAGAAUUCCUCUCAAUGCUUUCUCCCUGCUUCUCUUCAGCAGAGGCGUUGGCCCUGAGCAAAUGUCCAAGGCAGGAAAAGCAGCCCCUUUGGACAUCUGACCUCACAGCAACAUUGGGCUGCUUCCCUCUGCACAGCGUGGGACCGGGGUCAGGUGAACGCAACCAGUCACAUACCAAACAUUGAAUUGACUCUACUGUCGUUUGCUGUACGGGAACUUCUUGUUUUGUCUUGUGGGGUUUUCUCUGCCAUCUCCGUUUUUGUAGGGAUCUUGGGCGGUUCUCCCUUUCUCGUUCCUUCCUCCCCGUUCCACACACACAGACACCCCGCAAACCCCCAGUCUCUGGAGCCCGUUCCCACGACGAGCCCUGCCCAAAGAUCAGACUCUAAUUUUGAAUGAAGACUCUAAUUUUGAAACAAA